GAAGAAUAAAGCAAACAUCCAAAAACAGUUCCAUAUUCUCUUUUGCACAGUAAUGCAAUCACAAUCUCUCAUUCCCAGUUCAAUAUUCCCAUUUCUUCCUUUUUCUUUUUUUGUUACACCACACACAAUUCCAUUGCUACCAGUUUAACAGAAUGCAUAGAGUUUUAUAAUAAUAUCAUAGAAACAAACUGAACACAUAAAAAUUCAGUUCAGAGAAGCUUCUCUUCAUCAAAGCUUCAUAUUUUUAUUUUUAUUGUAUAAACUCUAAUUCUCAACCUUAGUUUCUGUUUCCUUAUCUCUCUCUUGUUUUCCACUUUUUUGAAAAGAAGUGAUACUGUGUGGUAGUAGUGUGAGCUGAAGUUUGAUGUCUGUGUCAUUGGAGCAAGAAGGCUAUGUAGGCUUAUCAGAGGUUCCUGCAAUGGAAGGUUGUUCUGAGAGGACUGGUGGUGGCUUGAACCUCAAGGCUACUGAGCUGAGGCUUGGUUUGCCAGGUUCUGAGUCACCAGAGAGAGAAGAGGGUGUGGAGGACAAGAAUGUGCACCCUUUAGGCAUGGUGAAGUGUUUGGUGUCAGGGGCCAAGAGGGGUUUCUCAGACACCAUUGAUGGGGGUUCUGGGAAGUGGCUUCUUUCUGGGAAUAGUGGAUCUGAGGUGGGUUUGGGGAAAGAUGGUGGCUUCUUCUCUCCAAGGGGUGUUGGUGUUAGUGUUAGUGCUGCCAAGGCUGAGUGUACCAACCAACAAACUUGUGUUGUAAAAGAUAAAGUUCCUCAAUCUCCAAAGCCGUUGAAUGAGAAGAAGCCUCAGAUAUCUGCUCCUGCUGCAAAGGAACAAGUUGUGGGAUGGCCACCAAUCCGUUCUUUCAGAAAGAACUCAAUGGCCACUCAGCCACAAAAGAAUGAUGAUAAUGCAGAAGCCAAGUCGGUAUGCCUUUAUGUGAAGGUCAGCAUGGAUGGUGCUCCAUACUUGAGGAAAGUUGACCUCAAAAACUUUGGCACUUACAUGGAACUGUCUUCAGCACUGGAAAAGAUGUUUAGUUGUUUUACAAUCAGUCAAUGUGGUUCCCAUGGAGUUUGUGGUCGAGAUAAGUUGACUGAAAAUAGAUUGAUGGAUCUCCUCCAUGGUUCAGAAUAUGUGCUCACCUAUGAAGACAAGGAUGGUGAUUGGAUGCUUGUUGGUGAUGUUCCAUGGGAGAUGUUCACCGACUCUUGCAAGAGGUUGAGGAUAAUGAAGAGUUCUGAAGCAAUUGGACUAGCACCAAGAGCCAUGGAAAAAUGCAAAAGUCGCAACUAGCAAGAUGGUGUUGAUACAGAAAGAUGAAUUAUUAUUAUUACCUUUAAACACGUACAUCAUACAAGAGUCCAGAGGCAAGUGCAGGGCACAAGCUGGGGCUUUUCUUGCUUGAAUAUGUAUGAUAUAAUCCUACAUAUGGGAUCCAAGUAUCCUAGACUUUUUAGUAGGCAAGAUAUGUUUGUUGUAGACAUUUAAGGUUUCUUAGGCUUGUUUCCCCUCACUUCUCUUCAAUCACUGUCACUGUGGACUUCAUAAGACUGAAGCUACGUCGUUACUAUGUAAAUUUUGUAACUUAAGUCUCAUAUAUAGAUUAGUUUGAGAUGGUUAAUUAGAGAAUA